ACACACACACACACACACACACACACACACACACACACACACACACACACACACACACACACACACACACACACACACACACACACACACACACACACACACACACACACACACACACACACACACACACACACACACACACGAAGAGGAGGAGAGCCUUGGUCGGACUUGCUGUGUCAUUCGUUUGAUUUUGUCAUCUGCAUAAAGUACGCAUGCAGCAUUCUGAUUCGUGUAUUAAACUCAAUGUUUUUCAUUAAGUUGACAAAAUUUGAUGUUUAUUGCUCUAUGAUUGCAUUAUUUGAUUGGAUUCAGUUGUCAAUAUGUUAGCUUUCAUCUAUUAAUAUAGUGUUGGUCAACUCAUUUUUAGUUUUUUCGCGACCUGUAUGAGAGAAACUACAGUAAAGUUUUUUGCAAAGAUUUACGUUUUGGGCUUUUUCUGUAAGUGGAUGAAACUUCCUAAAGCGAUAGACAAUGAGAGAAGUCAAAGAAACGUUAACAUUAAUUUAAGUAUUUCCACAUGAAGUGAAAUACAUACGCUGUUUAAGUUGCUUUGGGGAUAGUGAUGGAAUGUGAUUGGUUGCUUUUAUUUGGAGCUGCUGAGGACCUUUGGACUCCACAGAGGAAUGAGACUGAACACGACUGUUUUUCUGAGCUCAUGUAAGUCGAGCUUUUAGAGAUACGUGGCAGUCAAAGGACGGCACAUUCCAAGCACGCGAUGCUCGUGUAGAAUAUGAUGCAUCGCUCUAAAUUAAAAUCCCCAACAGUAUAAACAACCAAAUUAAUCUAAAAAAUCUACAUAAAUAAAAUGCAACGUGCCAAAUCUUUACCGACGGUGCUAUGUGUGCUUUUACUAGAAAAAGGUACUUGCAUCACUUCUGUACAGUUACAUAUUUCCUUCCUUCCCUGCUUGAACUAAACGCGUGCCGUGUUUUACCUCUUAACCAAUCGGAAGACGUGACCAGUAAUAAUUGGCCCAAAUAAGCAAAAAGAAAUGGAACAAUGGACCUGCUUAAGUUUGACAAGUCAAAUGUCUUACAGCAAUUAUUCUUUUGAAAAUCACUUUUUUGUAGAUAGGUCUAGCAUGAGGUUAUUGCAUAAAGUGCUGCCUGUUCAAUAUAAAGCUGAGAUAAGUCUAUUUGAUUAGUUUACACUUAUCGACAACUAUUUUGUUAACCUAUUAAUGGCUUUUUAAGCAGAAAUGCCAAAAAUGCACCUUCCAGAGUCUGAAAUGUGAAGACCUUUUUCUUGUUUAGUGACCAGAAAUUGAAACGCGUGAUGUCCGACGUUUUAUGGAAGAAUCUGGAAAGUAGGCGACAAAUCUCCCACUGUGACCGCACAGCUGAUCACUAAACCAUCAGCUUAGUUUCCAGAAUGAUCUUAACUUGUUUGAAAGUGACCUGGGCCUUUCUUGGUGGGCCGGUGGUCAUCCCGGCCUCUCCUCCCCCUUCCUGCUGGGGUUGCCCACCAAUCACAAGGGCGGGCAAGAGAUUAGCUCCUCAGAUUAAAGUGGGCACCUCCAAACCCUGCCUAAUCCCACCAUCUGUCAGAGAGCAGCUAACCCGCUAAGACUCCACCGAAAGCUAAUCAGAGAGCCAGGAGGACAACGGCGACAGGACGAAAACAGACCUCCAACAGACGCGCUCUUCUGGCAGAGAGAGAGACGAUGGAGGAGACGUACCUUCUGAAGCACCCGGGAGUCAAGAAGAAGAUUCUGGCGGGAGGCACGGGGCCUCUGCCACACUUUGCACCUGGGACAAAGCUGGUUUUCCAUUUCCAGACGCUGCUGGACGACUUUGAGCGAACCGUCAUCGACGACAGUCGACUGGCCGGCAGGCCGGCUGAGAUCUUUUUUGGGAAGAUGUUUAAGAUGGAAGUCUGGGAGACCCUGCUGGCGUCCAUGAGGAUCGGGGAGGUGGCGGAGUUCUGGUGCGAUGCCAUCCACACGGGCUUGUACCCCAUCGUGUCCAAGGGAAUGAGGCUAAUCGCUCAAGGGAAGGACCCACUGGAGAACCAGAGACACAUGUGCGGCAUGGGAAACAUGUUCAACUAUCACUCCACUGGUUUCCCAGAGCUGGAUGAGCUAAUGAGAACGCCACAGUCACUUAUAUUCAUCAUGGAGCUGCUGCAGGUGGGAGACCCGAUGUCCUACCAAAGGGAGUCGUGGAUGAUGGAAAAGGACGAGAAGCUGCAGACGGUGCCCAUCCUCCACAUGCAGGGCAAUUUGUUGGUCAAGCAGAGGAAGUACAGAGAGGCCGCCAGCAAGUACAAGGAGGCCGUCCUGCUGCUAAAAACCGUCCAGUCCAGAGAGAUGCCGGGGGAUAUAGACUACAUUAAUUUGGGUCGAAUGAUCAUCCCCCUGGAGUUGAACUUCUGCCAGUGUAUGUUGGAGCUGCAGGAGUAUUAUGAAGUAAUAGAUCACACCACCGAACUGCUGGAGAAACACAAAGACUGCGUGAAGGGCUACUACAAGAGAGCCAAGGCCCACGCUGCCGUGUGGAACGAAAAGGAAGCUCGGAGGGACUUCCACAUGGUGGCCAACCUGGACGUCACGCUGGCCUCCCUCAUCCAUCGAGAGCUGAGAGCCCUGUCGGAGACCAUGAAGGAGAAGUACUGGGAGGAGAAGGAGAAAUACUGGAACAUGUUGGAGAAGAAGGAGAACCAACGUGAAGACGACGAGGAGGAAGAAGGAGAAGGAGAAGACGAGGGAGAAAAUGAAAGUUUGACAGCAGAGAGUGAAGAUGGAGCGGGGGAAGAAAAAGGUAAAGCCGAAUCUCCAGCCAUUCUCUUUGCCGAAGCCCAUGAAGAAGACCCCGGGGGAAAUAAAGUUACACCAACUGAAGGAAGAAAUAACGAAGAGGAAGAAAGCUCUUCUGUGAUGAAGCCAAAAGCUGCCACUGAAACAGAGGGGAAGGACUGGCAGCAGAUGUUACGACUUGUCAUGUUUCUGCAGAAAGAAGGAAACUUCCUCAUUAAAGAAAAUCAAUUCGAGGAGGCUUCUGCAAAGUUCAAGGAGGCCAUAGACUACGUGGACGUCCUUCGGAAUAUGGUGGAUCGACGGGGCGAGGACUGGGACUCGCUGGAGAAGGUGUGUCUCCCGCUGACGCUCAACCUCAGCCAGUGUUUGCUGGAGCUCAAGGAGUACCGGCGAGUGGUGGAGCUCAACAGCGAGCUGCUGAAGAAACAUAAAGGUAAUGCGAGGAGGAGGUGGUUUCAUAAAGAAAUAGGUACAUGACACCGUUGUUUGUUUUUCCGUUAUUUUUAGUUUAAAAGACAUGUCACCGUGUGUUUCCAGUACGAGGGGCCCGUCCCCACAGCAACAAUCCUUGAUCUCUCUGUUUACCAGGGAGGGAAAACAACAACAACAAAAAAAACAACACAAAACCAAACAUUUGCAACCACAUUGUUGAGUCUCUCUUUCAUUCCCCAUUGCACCCACUCACGGACAUCGCAGUCAAAAAUGAAUUCGUGGUUUGCUUUGUUUCUGGCGUGACUGAAUUAUUUAUGGUUGAGGCUGAUGUGAAAUGGUCGUUCUCAUGCUUUGCUGUUUCCCUCCAUUUACUUUUCUCCAACUUUCGCCUUCUGCUUUCUCUGCCUCCUGCCUCGCCGCUGCUGUUCAGGGCCAGUUUGCCUUUUGUCAUCCCGUAGUUUACUUCUCCUCACAAGGCCCUAAAUAUUUCAGCCCUUUAUGAGACCACACUGUUUCCUCCCCGUAGGUAACUUCAAGGCCGUGUAUCAGCGUGCAAAGGCACAUGCCGCUUUGUGCCACAAGGACGAAGCCCGGAGGGACUUUGAAACGGUGGAGAAAUUGGACCCGACGUUCAAACCCUUUGUGAGCCAGGAGCUGA